AAAUAAAACUGAGGUAUGCAAAGGACUCAUGCAAUGUUUGAAGUGCUUAGACUUUCUCAGUAAACAUCAGAGAGAGAAGGAGAGAGAACUUAUAUAUAUAACUCGAAGCUCCGCCACCACCGCCACCACAACCACCACCACCUCUCAAACCCUAAUAAAACCACUGAUGAUGAACACAACCCACAAUGUCCACCUUCAAUGGAGUAACCUCUACACGAAGAGCUUGGUUCUAAGUUGCCCAUCUUAACCACCACCACCACCAGUACCACCGCCGUGUCCGGCGGAGCCGGAUGUACAAGCCUCAUUUCCGGUAAGAGAGUUAACACUCACUCAACAACAUAUUAGUCUUCUUCCACAAAAGAUACACAACAUCAACACUGACUUUUUGUUCACAUGCAUCGGUUUUUUGAACAACACUACAUAAUAGUGUGAGUUUAAAGCUUCCCCACCACCACACAAUCCUUUCUCACAUGCAUGUUGUCCCCUAGAUUUCACUCUCACCACCACCACCAAAGCUCAAAAACUCCAUCAAGCCUAUCCACUUUCUAAGCCCAUAUGGAAACACCAACCCAUCUUGCUUUCUCUUCUCUCUUCCCUUUCUUCUUCUUCUUCUUAUGUUGGUUAAGCCUGACAAGAACACUAGUGGUGGUGACCUCUCUCUCUCCUGAUGGAGAAGCCCUUCUCUCUCUCCUCUCUGCCUCUGACCCAUAUUCCAAAUCAUCCUCCUCUGUUCUCUCCUCUUGGAACCCAUCAAGCCCAACACCAUGUUCAUGGCAAGGCAUCACUUGUUCACCACAGGACAGGGUUAUCUCACUCUCUCUCCCAAACACAUUCCUCAACGUCUCUUCACUCUCUCCAAAACUCUCCUCUCUCUCCUACCUCCAACUCCUCAAUCUCUCCUCCACUAACAUCUCUGGCUCAAUCCCACCUUCCUUUGGCUCUCUCUCCCAUCUCCGCCUCCUAGACCUCUCUUCCAAUUCUCUCUCCGGACCCAUUCCUCCCGAGCUCGGCCGCCUCAGUUUUCUUCAAUUCCUUUUCUUGAAUUCGAAUCGGUUGUCGGGUCGAAUCCCAGAACAGCUUGCCAAUCUCUCUUCACUUCAAGUCCUGUGCUUGCAAGAUAAUUUGCUCAAUAGCUCAAUUCCAUGGCAAUUAGGCUCGUUGGUGUCUCUCCAACAGUUCAGAGUUGGGGGUAAUCCUUAUCUGACUGGUGAAAUUCCAACCCAGUUGGGACUUCUCACCAAUCUCACCACAUUUGGGGUUGCGGCGACCGGGUUAUCCGGUGUUAUACCACCCACAUUUGGGAAUUUAAUCAAUCUCCAAACACUGGCACUUUAUGACACUGAUGUGUUUGGUUCAAUCCCACCAGAACUGGGGUUGUGCUCGGAGUUGAGAAAUUUGUAUCUCCACAUGAACAAACUCACUGGUUCAAUCCCUCCUCAACUGGGUAAGUUGCAAAAACUUACUAGCUUGCUUUUGUGGGGCAAUUCACUCACCGGAACAAUCCCAGCUGAGCUCUCUAAUUGCUCGUCGCUCGUUGUCCUUGACACCUCUGCCAAUGAUUUGACCGGUGAAAUACCGGGUGAUUUGGAGAAGCUUGUAGUUCUUGAACAGCUUCAUUUGUCCGAUAAUUCGCUCACAGGUCUAAUUCCAUGGCAAUUGAGUAACUGUUCCAGUCUCACAGCUCUUCAGCUUGACAAAAACCAGUUUUCAGGCCCAAUUCCAUGGCAAAUUGGGAAUUUGAAGUUCUUGCAGAGUUUUUUCCUGUGGGGCAAUUCGGUUUCUGGUACCAUACCAUCCUCAUUCGGGAACUGCACUGAGCUCUACGCACUCGACCUUUCGCGAAACAAGCUUACCGGCCCAAUACCAGAAGAGAUCUUUGGCCUAAAGAAGCUGAGCAAAUUGCUUCUUUUGGGGAAUUCAUUGUCAGGAGUGUUGCCAAGAAGUGUCUCUGAGUGCCAAUCUUUAGUCAGAUUGAGACUCGGUGAAAACCAACUUUCAGGUCAGAUUCCAGAGGAGAUUGGGCAAUUGCAGAACCUUGUGUUUCUUGAUUUGUACAUGAACCAUUUCUCUGGUGGCUUGCCUUCUCAGAUAGCUAAUAUAACAGUUCUUGAGCUCUUGGAUGUGCACAACAAUUACUUAACCGGGGUGAUACCAGGUCAGCUAGGCGAGCUUGUGAACUUAGAACAGCUUGAUCUCAGCCGAAACAGCUUCACUGGCGAAAUCCCAUGGAGUUUUGGUAAUUUUAGUUACUUGAACAAACUCAUCCUCAACAAUAAUUUGCUUACAGGGUCAAUCCCAAAAUCAAUUCGAAACUUGCAGAAACUAACUCUUCUUGACUUGAGCUUCAACAGUCUUUCUGGGUCAAUCCCACCUGAGAUUGGCUAUGUCACAAGCUUAACCAUUAGCUUAGACUUGAGUUCGAAUAGUUUCACUGGCGAAAUUCCAGAAACAAUGUCUGGUUUGACACAGUUACAAUCACUUGAUCUUUCACAUAACAUGCUUUAUGGAAAGAUUACAAUUCUGGGUUUUCUUACUAGUCUCACUUCCUUGAAUAUUUCCUGCAAUAAUUUCUCGGGUCCUAUUCCUGUGACACCUUUUUUCAGGACUCUGUCUUCAAAUUCAUUUCUUGAGAACCCAAAGCUUUGUGAAUCCAUUGAUGGUUCUACUUGUUCUUCCCGGCUACAGCGAAGAAAUGGAUUGAAAUCAGCCAAAACUAUUGCUUUGGUAGCAGUAAUUCUAGCCUCUUUGACCAUGGUAAUUGUUGCAUCCUGGAUUGUUGUGACACGAAACCACAAGUUUAUAACAGGAAAAUCAUCCGACGGUAAUGCUGCUGCCACGUCAGCAGGGGCCGAUGAUUUUUCUAACCCAUGGACUUUCAUUCCCUUUCAGAAACUCAAUUUCACAAUCAACAACAUAUUGGAUUGCCUAAAAGACGAGAAUGUGAUUGGAAAAGGAUGUUCUGGGGUGGUUUACAUGGCCGAAAUGCCCAAUGGUGAGCUGAUUGCUGUGAAAAAGCUAUGGAAAACAAAGCAAAACGAAGAGGCGGUGGACUCUUUUGCCUCUGAAAUUCAGAUUCUUGGACACAUACGACACCGGAACAUAGUGAAGUUCUUAGGAUACUGCUCUAAUAAGAGUGUGAAACUCCUCCUCUACAACUACAUCUCCAAUGGAAAUCUGCAACAGCUCUUGCAAGGUAAUCGGAACUUGGAUUGGGAAACCCGGUAUAAGAUUGCAGUCGGCUCGGCUCAGGGUCUUGCUUAUCUUCACCAUGAUUGUGUUCCUGCAAUCCUCCACAGAGAUGUGAAGUGCAAUAACAUACUACUGGAUUCGAAGUUUGAGGCCUAUUUGGCUGAUUUUGGACUCGCAAAGCUGAUGAACUCUCCAAAUUACCACCAUGCUAUGUCGAGAAUAGCCGGGUCUUACGGAUAUAUUGCCCCAGAAUAUGGAUACACCAUGAACAUAACAGAGAAGAGUGACGUCUACAGUUAUGGAGUGGUUCUGUUGGAGAUCUUAAGUGGGCGUAGCGCGGUUGAGCCCCAAGUUGGCGGUGGACUUCACAUCGUCGAGUGGGUGAAGAAGAAGAUGGGAAGCUUUGAACCGGCCGUUACUAUACUUGAUUCGAAGCUCCAAGGCCUACCUGAUCAGAUGGUGCAAGAAAUGCUUCAAACACUUGGAAUCGCGAUGUUUUGUGUCAAUUCGUCACCGGCUGAACGGCCCACCAUGAAGGAAGUGGUGGCACUGUUGAUGGAAGUUAAAAGCCCACCUGAAGAAUGGGGAAAAACUUCACAGCCUCUAAUAAAGCAGUCCUCAAAUCAAAGCUGAUUUUUUUUUCCCCCCUCUUCUAAUGUAUUACUGAUUGCAUUUCUUUUAUUUCCCGAGGUUAAAAAAAAGUAGUGUUGUUGUGGGAAAUGAGAGGAGGAGAGCUUAGGGUGGUGCUAUUCUUGGGUUUUGGAUAAUGUUCUUGGGGUUUCUUGUACAGUCUUUAGAUACAUGAAUGUGUUUGAUUUACUUCAUGUUUAAUCAUUGUUCUUUGUUAUUGAUUCACUCUUCUUCUUUUUUUGUUUUUUAUUAAGAGUGAUCUGCCUUGAUAGUAAGGCUUGUCGGUAGUGUUCUGGUGGCACAAAUUGGAGUCACAAAAAUAGCCUAUCUAAAAAUGACAUAUCUUGUCCUUUUUCA